AUGUUGAACUUAACUAGUUUGCUCAUAAAAAAAAAACCUAAUGCAGUGGAUGAAAUAAAUUCAGCAGAUAAAGCUAAUAAGGAAAAUGGGGAAAACAAUAUAAUUGAUAAUAAUGAUAGUGUGAAAAUAAAGCUUAUAAAUAUGAAGGAUUAUAAAACUAAAAAACUUUUAGAUGAACGCAAAAAUGUUAAAGCAUGGGCUCCUAGUACUAAUAAUAAAAAAAGUAACAAAAGUGAAAAAAAAAAAGAGAAACAAAAAGAUAAGCUAACUGAUGAAAACAAAAAAAAUGACGAAAAAAAGGAACCCGCUAAAAAAAUAUUUGUACCAUCUAUAAUUAAACAAAAAGCAGUUGUAAAGAAAGAAAACGAAAAGGAAGAAUUAUUUCCUAAUUUACUUCAAGCUAAAAAAACAGCUAAAAUUGAAAAAGAAGAAAAAAAAAAUGCCCCUCAAAAAAAAAAAAAAAAAGAAAAAGCUAGUAAUAAAACAAAAGAAGAAGAAAAUCAAUUCCCACCCAUCGAAGAAAUAAAAAAAAUUAACUUUAACAUUUUUGAUGUCGUCGAUAUAAAAAAUGAAUACGAGCGUAUUGUUAGAGAUAUUGAUAAAGUUGCACUUAAAUAUAAAAAUAAAAAAAAAUUUGAUAAUACUAUGAUUUUAUGUAAUUAA